AUGAUUCCAGGCGGUGACUAUGAAGAUCGAAGUGUCAGAGUGCAUAUAGCGGGUUCCUCUGGUGCCCAAAAUCGAAGUACGGUUGACGAACGGGAUGUUCAAGCAACAUUCGGCGAAGCAAGAGUUGAUAACAGGGGAGAACAGCCAAUUCCGAGGAGUGUUGCGUCUGGUAGCCAAGAACACUGCAACGGAGACUACGGGGACGGACCAACAAACCGUCAACUAGCUGCUAGACAGGUGAUGGGAAAGGAUUUACCGAUCUUUUCGGGCAACCCAGAGGAAUGGCCAAUCUGGAUUAGCAACUUUCGCCGGUCGACAUCUACCUGCGGAUUUUCCGAAGACGAAAACCUAAUUCGUCUUCAACGAUGCUUGAAGGGACCAGCGCUCGAAGCUGUUCGUAGCAGACUGCUUUGUCCUGCAAGUGUUCCACACGUGAUUCGUACUUUGGAGAUGCGGUACGGCCGACCGGAGACGCUUAUCCGCUCAAUGACGGAACGAGUUCAUCGGCUUCCUUCCUUAAGGACCAACGAUUUAGAUGGGAUCAUUGAAUUCGGCCUGGUAGUGGACAACCUUGUGCAACACCUGAAGAAUGCUGGACAACAGACCCAUCUAACCAACCCAUCAUUGCUGCAUGACCUAGUUGGAAAAUUGCCAGUUGACUACAAGCUUAAAUGGUCAGCAUACAAGAGCAUGCGGCUUGACGUAGAUCUGAGCACAUUUGGACAGUUCAUGUCAACGUUGGUCGAGCUUGCAUAUGACGUAGCAGAUGAUUUCCCCUAUAUCGAGAAGGUUCCGAAACAAUCCCAGAGGAAUAAGGAGCGAAGCUUUGUGCAGACACACAUGGAAUCCGAUACGCCAUCGAGAAGCGAACUGGCUAGUAGCAGUAAUUCAGUCACCCGGAUUCCGAAGAAACCAUGCGUAGUAUGCCAUACGGAAGGACAUCGAGUAGCGGAAUGUAGUCGGUUCAAAGCGAUGGACAUUAGUGGAAGAUUAAACGUGGUUCAGCAAAGCGGUGUAUGCCGAUCGUGUUUGAAUUUCCAUGGCAGAUGGCCGUGUAAAACCGCAAAGGAAUGUGGUGUCAACGAUUGCCGGUUAAAACAUCAUCAACUGUUGCAUUCACCGUCUACAGCUAUUGACACAGCGUUCUCAACGAGUCAUCUGAGCGAAUCGAUUGCGAGUGCUGGACCUCUGUUUAGAAUUAUUCCGGUAACGUUGUAUGGAAAGGACUGUGAGGUAAACGUUUACGCUUUCGUUGAUGAAGGAUCGAAGAUUACGCUUUUGGAGGACGCCGUUGCUGAUCAACUUGGCCUUGUUGGACCCACAGAACCUUUGAAUUUACAAUGGACUGGGAAUAUAAAGCGUAGUGAACCCAAUUCAAGACGGAUCAGUGCUGAGAUUUCCGCAAAAGGAUCGUCGAGGCAGUACCAAUUGACCAACGCUCGUACUGUAGGUGGAUUACUACUACCGUCACAGACGGUAUGUUACGAAGAAAUGUGCAGCCGUUACCCACAUCUUCGAGGUCUACCAAUCCAAAGCUACGAAAAGGUUUCACCAAAACUCUUGAUUGGUCUUGACAACUUGAAGCUCACCGUACCGUUGAAAAUCCGAGAAGGAAGAUGGGUAGAGCCGAUUGCCGCUAAGAGCCGCAUCGGGUGGAGCAUCUACGGAUGCGCAACGACGCUAGCAACGACGGUCGUGUGUGGGCUUCAUUUUGGAGGAUGGACCGAUCAAGAGCAAGACCUCAAUAAGUUGGUUCGUGACUACAUCUCACUGGACAACACUGGCGUAACGCAUCCUACAACGCACUUGGAAUCCAAGGAAGACCAACGGGCGAAAAUGUUGCUGCAGACGACUACUAGAAGAAUCGGUAACGCAUUCGAGACGGGGCUACUGUGGAAAGUCGACGAGGUACGAUUCCCGAACAGUUAUGGAAUGGCGUACAAGCGGAUGUGUUCUUUGGAAAAGCGGCUGAAUAAAGAAUCAACGCUGUACGAACGUGUCAGACAGCAGGUGCGUGACUACGAAUCGAAGCAGUAUGCACACAAAGCAACUUAUCACGAGCUGUCUACUACCGGUGCUGAUCAGUGCUGGUACUUGCCGUUGGGGAUAGUGCUAAACCCGAAGAAGCCGAAUAAGCUGAGGAUGAUUUGGGACGCUGCUGCCAAAGUUGACGGUGUCUCGCUAAACUCUGCACUGCUGAAAGGGCCAGAUUACCUGACAUCUCUUCCAGCGGUUAUUGGAAAGUUCCGGCUGUAUCAGUUUGCCCUAACUGGCGACAUCAGGGAAAUGUUCCAUCGGUUUUUCAUCCGUCCACAAGAUCGACAGUUCCAGAGAUUCCUAUUCCGAGAUCACCCACAAGAAGAGCCCAUUACGUACGUCAUGGAUGUAGCCAUCUUCGGAGCUGCAUGUUCACCGAGCAGCGCUCAAUACAUAAAAAAUUUGAACGCUAAGGACUAUGAAGCAGAGUAUCCACGGGCAGUAGAAGCUAUCGUUGAUCGUCACUACGUGGACGAUUACCUGGAUAGCUUUGGAACAAUCGAAGAAGCGGUGCAGAUAGGAAGGCAGGUGAAAACUAUACAUGCUGCGGGGGGUUUCGAAAUCCGAAACUUCCUAUCCAACGAAACUACUAUAGCAGCACAGGUUGGCGAUGAAUCACCAGAAGCAGAGAAGAACAUUUGUGUGGAGAAAGAUGAGCAGAUUGAAUCCGUACUUGGCAUGAAGUGGAUUCCGAGCAGCGAUACCUUCACGUUUACAGUUUCCCUUCGAGACAAUUUACUUCAUGUUCUCGAACAAUCGCACGUGCCAACAAAACGAGAAGUUUUGCGCACUGUUAUGAGCUUCUUUGAUCCACUGGGAUUGAUUUCAUUCUUCCUGAUCCAUGGGCGCACCAUGAUGCAGGACAUAUGGGCGACCGGAAUACAGUGGGAUGACCCGAUUACCGAAGAGAUACUAAUGCAGUGGAAGCAGUGGAUUGGACUAAUCCCAAAGCUGAGCACUCUUCGUGUACCCCGUUGCUACCUCAAGGGAGCGCGAGAGAACAGCUACUCCAUGUUGCAGAUUCACACAUUUGUCGAUGCAAGCCAGUCUGCGUACUCAUGCGCAGUGUAUUUUCGAGUAGAUACACCAGAAGGUCCAGCCGUUAGCCUUGUAGCAGCGAAAUCCAAAGUUGCUCCUCUGAAGAUGCUGACGAUACCUCGGCUCGAACUCCAAGCUGCAGUUCUGGGAUCUCGUCUGCUCAACAGUGUAUUAGCAAUGCACUCCCUCUCUGUGACGAAGCGUGUCCUGUGGUCCGACUCCAAUACCGUGCUCGCCUGGAUUCGGUCAGACCAGCGGCGAUACCAUCAAUAUGUGGGAUUCAGGAUUGGAGAAAUUCUUUCAAUGACGGAUGUUAGCGAGUGGCGUAAAGUACCUACAAAAGAUAAUGUUGCAGAUGACGCCACAAAAUGGGGAACUGGACCAGACAUUCGCUCGGAAAGCCGGUGGUUCCAAGGACCACCAUUCCUCAAACAACCGGAGGCAUUCUGGCCACGUGAAGCUGAACAGAUCAAUCCAACGGAGGAGGAGCUGAUCAAGGAGCAUAUGCCGUGUAAUCUUCACAACGAAACAGAGCUGCUGGUGGUAGACGCCACUAAAUUCAGCGAAACGAAGAACAAAAGCUGGGAGCUCUGA